AUGUUACUCGAACUUCUGCUCAUUGUAGCAGUAAGAACGAGUUUCACUUGGGGACAAGUACUCGUACCACCGUAUACCAAUCUGGCACUUGAUAGGAAGAUUGAAGCAUCCUCAACAUGUGGUGAGCUUAACGGACAGCCGAUAAAAGAAAUUUUUUGUCAGAUAGCUGGUUCAAGUCAAUAUACUCCUUUAAAUCAAUAUUCGUACAGUACCGGUGAAGAUGAGGUUUCCGUUUUUGCUGAACUUAAAAUGGAAAAACAAUCUUUUGUUCAGGGCGGACAAAUGUGUGAUUUUUGCCAAUCAAAUAGUUCAUUUGCACAUCCAGCAACAAAUAUGGUUGAUGGGAGAGCAAGCUGGUGGCAGAGUCCACCAUUAAGCCGUGGGAUGCAGUACAAUCAAAUUAACAUUAGUAUUAAUUUGGAACAGGCAAGUAGCUCGCGUUAUUGA